AGCUGUUCAGGGUGUUCAGUAUACUGUCCGCGGUUGUUAUUGAUUCCUUGUGGUGACUGAGCGAAUAAAAUUUAGCUAGACGGAUUUAAAACGCACCAUAGGCAGAGGAGUGAUGCGCGGAAAGAUGCGGAUGAAGAGAUCCUUGGGCUGUCGGUGGAGGAGACUCUUCACCGCGGUGAUCUUGAUGGGCCUCGCUCGGUGCGCUAUCGUUUAUACCGAGUUAGCGGAAAGCCGGAUCAAGGAUUUAUGUGUACACAAAUGUAGCCAGGGCUACUAUAGGGAUGAGCUGAAUACUGUUUGUGAUAAGGAGUGCCAAUCAACCUGUGCCGAUGGAUGUCGCCUAUGGAAACUGGAACUGUCCGGCAACUGCUCGCAUUUAUGCGAGUUUCGACUUGCUUGGUCAAUAUCGGAAAGCCUCGAGGCACUGUACACGAUUCCACAAAAUGUGACCACUCAGGAAUAUGGCCCCCCACAAGGUCCCCCUCAAAAAGUGACGUGCGCGCUUAGUUCGUACAAUCAGGUAGCAGUCUCAUGGCGUCCACCCCCAUUUCCUGCCGGCCCAGAAGUGUCCUAUCUGCUUGAGGCUAGAAAAACCUACGGGGGCACGCCGUUUGUGCACGAACUCAUCACGUAUAAUUCAACCUGUGACCAGACAUUCAGCUAUCUAUUCCGCGAGCUGCUUCCAAAUACCGGGUAUAUUGUCAAUGUGCAAGCAGCAAAUCGGAACGGGCGAGGCAUGUCAGCCUCAUGCCAGGUGAACACGACGGACAUGGAAAAAGAAAGCGUAAAUCGUGGGCAGGGCUUCGCGGCCAGCGGUGGGGACUUGUAUAAAUUUGACCUCAGUGACACGAUUCUGGGUCGCGGUCAUGUGGUAUUCAGCGUACAAGGUGACGGAGCCCUCAUUAGAGGAGUAACUGGAAGCCUUCAGUCAAGGGAGCUGUACGUGUCCGAUAACCAUGGCCGUAUUCACGUUGUCGGAAUGGAUCGGAGUUCCUCGGAUCGCGUACCUCGGACGCUAUCACUUGAUGUUCAGAAACCAUCACUUCUUUCGUACGAUUGGCUAAAUAAGCGGUUAUUUGUUUUUGACGAAUCGUCGUGGGAAAUUAAGUCGUGCACAAUCGAACAGAGAUUUAUAUGCGCCGUCGUAGUGGACGGAUUCUCGCCAUCAACAGCCCCGAAAAAGCUAAUAGUGGAUUCAUACAAUGGCUACUUGUUUUGGAUGGCCAAAGGGGCUGAAGGCGAAGGCUCGGCCAUGGUUCUGUACCGUGUAGAUCUCAUUGUUGCUGAAGAAAACACCAAGCUCCACUGGGACAAAGCUGAGGUGGUGCAUCAAUCAAAGGGAAUGAAAACGUUCGCAGUUGAAUACGCCCAAUCCCGACUUCACGUUUUGGACUCUAGCAAGGACAGCAUAUACGCUAUCAACAUGGAUUCCGGGAAUAUUGUAUCGAAGGUCCGCGACCAAUGGGCAUUCUACAGCAACGGCUCGGAUAUCGUAUUUGCGAACGAACACUUUUAUGUAGCCACGACGGACGGCUUUUUUGUUGAGGACGGGCCGACACCUCAAGUUGGACCGUCCUACCGGAAAUUCAAUAACUUUACUGCCUUUAGAUUUGCUUUCAUUGACCACAAGACUGCUGAACCCAUACCAUCUCCAGCUACGCCGCCGGAAAACGUGCGAGCAUUGUUCGGUUCCACGUUUGCAAAAAUUUUCUGGGAUGUGCCAAGGCCACUAACGUGGCAGGGCAAAGGUGCCUUUCGUAAAUUCCUCUACACAGUCGAUGUUACUGAUCUGCACACUGGAAAAGAGGUUGAACACAUCGAAAACGUUAAACGUAGCCAGCUAUUAAUUACUUGGUUGCGUAAUGCAACGAAGUACAGAGUGACAGUGAGAGCUCAUAGCGAACUCAGAGCAACUGGCCCGCCAUCCAGUGGCUUUGUGGGUUCCACUCUUAAAAGCGAUGCAGAAACGCUGGUUUGGAGCACUCUGAUGUCUAGCACAGCUGGGGGUUUGAAGAGAUACGUUUUUGCCUCCGAUGCAACUGGGGACGAGGCGAAGAUGUUAGUAAGCUCAAUGCAACUACAAAAUAAUGAUGUCAAUGCAAUUGCAUGGCUGGAUGAUACCUUAUUCCUGGGACACAACCGGACCAGUUUGAUUAGUGUGAAUCUUGGGAAUGGAUUGAUUCGAGAGCUGCCUGAAGUUACUGGUGUAACGUGCCUUGGUAUUGACAGCUAUGCCAGAAAAGUUUACUGGGGCUCUCUUACUCAGCGUGCGAUAAUGCGUUGCGACAUGGAAGGCUUGCGCGUUGAGCUGGUCACGUCCAAUGUUGUAGCACACUCGUUGGCCGUGGAUAGCGCUCGUGGUCUCAUAAUUUGGGCUGACCAGUUCGGUGUCUACACCGCUAACCUUAGCGGGAAAGGAUACAGGGCUCUUUACGAGACUCACAUCAGCCGUGGGUUUGUCGUUCAAGGUUUGGUGUAUGACUCAAAGCGUGGUGUAGCGAUAUCAAGUAGUAGGAGCAUUGACGGGUUAGAACUACGAAUGGACAGCAUCGACAGAAACGGCGCCCGUCCGGUCCCCGUACAAAUGAACGACACUUCAUUAAGAGGGCCUGUAAUAUACCUGGAUGAUCGUCUCAUUUGGCUGGAUCGCCGAUCUCAGCCCGUGAUCACAAGUCUUGAUGGCUCAUUUCCAGCCGCUAUGCAAUAUCGUCCGGCUUUAGGUCACGGAAACGGUGCCUUUGAGGAUGGAUCCAGCGACAGCGAAUUAGGCCACCGAGAUUUCCCUGAAGCGUUGGCUGUGGCGACAAAAAUCAGAAGCUCCAAAAUUAUGGUGAUACCAAAAGAUAUCAAAGAUGGAGAGAUAAAGGUCGAGGGUACAUACGACAACUUUACGAUUCGCUGGCCGCAGGAACAGUCGUUACACGUCGCUGUUUUCUACAGGAUCCGGGUGACUCCGUGUUCCCAAAACGAGAGUGACCCAUGUUGCUCGGAUAAUGCACAGUCUCAAUGGUCCGUAACCUCCUCGAAAGUGAAGCCACUAAGCUUGAAUACCAACCGACACGUUUACCCUGAUAAACUUCGUCCUCACACCCGUUUAGCGGUUCAGCUUCAACCAUAUACUGAUUGGGCAAAUGCAAAGUCCGUCUGCCAUGUACUGCGUUCGCCUGAGAGUACACCCUCAGCUCCACAGACGCCCAAGGUGUUUGUUGCCCAUCGUUCGGUGUUUCCGAAAUACAAAGCUGGCGUAUCUUAUCCUGAAGCCGAAUUCCGUUGGUCUGAUCCAGAGCACCCCAAUGGCUUCAUAAAGGGUUACAUUCUCAAUGCGUGGUAUCGUCGGAACUCACCGUAUUUGCAAACGUCACAGGACACGGAGCCGGCUGCCGAAGUAAAACUUGACAAUAGAAUUGAUCAGAAUAAUUUACAGCAAGCUGGAGAAGACAGCGUCAUCGUUUGGAAAAAUGUCAGGGUGUCCGGGCAUUCGUAUAGUAUACCCAAGCUCGUACCAAACAGCACAUACUUUUUCAAGGUGAGCGCAUUCACCUCGAUUGGGGAAGGUCCUGCGUCGACAGUUUUAUCAAUAAACAGCGACGAUGAAAUGCCUGUACCUCGAUUGUUAGUCGUUGAUCAACAGGAAGCCGCCCCCGAAGCAGAUAGCCCUGCUAACCGCAGGGGUCAAAACUCACUGGGCAAAGGAAUACACCAUAGUUCAGUGCAGGUAAGCGACGUGGACAACGGGAACGUCACAGUGGUUUCGAACAAAGUUACUAAUCCUAUCGGGGUGGCUUUCCUGGAUGACACUGUUUUCUGGUUAGAACAACGCGGUCCGAUUAUGUCUUCCGCAAUGGACGGCUCCAACAUCUCUGUGGUCCACAGUACCCUUGAAACUGGAACAUCACUUGCGGUCGACUGGGUCGGCCGCCGUCUCUAUUGGGUCGAAUAUGACGGAACAAACUCCAUUAUUUUUGUCCUCGACCUUGCCGAUGGACGAAGUGUGAAGAUCGUUCUUGAGAUACCCAAGAAAUACGUCAGUUCGAUAGCCGCUGACCCAUUCUCAAGCUCGUUGGUCUUCACGGUGUCGAGCCAACCAUCGAUGGCAGCUUCCAUUAUGCUAGUUCAAUUGGACGGUUUGAAUAAACGACAGCUUUUUUCUCCGCGACGGCGAAGGUCAUCACUAGCCCAUCUUUACAAAAACGGAACAGUUGCUCAUGGAAAUACCGGAGACUGUACCUGCUUAUCGGUUAAGCCUAUAACUAGAUCCGUGGUCGCGUUAGACGCUCAGUCAAAGAAAGGCCCUGGUACCAUUUAUUUUGCAGAUGCAGAACAAGGAAACAUUUGGCGUACCGAUCUCGUUGGCUGUCAUUGCCACCUGGUAGCGAAUGCUAGUCUGACGAAAGGUCUUCCACCGGACGUGUUGACAGUAGAUCUACAGAGAGUGUAUUGGAGUCAACGGGGCCGCGAAGAAGUGUUUAGCAUACUUAAAGACUCUCUGGGACGUCCUACACAUGGCAAGACCGAGAACCAUGUCGCAGCCGUAAAAGUCGCCAGUGGUGUCAGGAACAUUCGUGCCCUUAAUUCUCAGCAUUACCCAGACCCAAUGUGUAUGGAAAUAAGCGCACCGUCAACAGCUCCGGCGGCGGUUGGAGCACCGAAGCAUAGUUCGCUCCAGGUAGAACUUUUCCCUCCGGAAAUAGCCAAGGAGUGCUCUAAAAUCUCUCGGCCAACGGUGCGCUAUAUUGUCAAAUACAAGAAAACUAAAUGUUUGGGAACGCUGUGUCAUCGAGAAAAGCAAUCUCUGUCAGCAACUCCGGUUCUACAAGAUCUAGAGUCCUACACAAACUACACAAUAUCGUAUUACUAUAUUGAUCCAUACUCGCAAAAACUGCAUGGACCAUCACCUCCUGCGUUGUUUCAAACCGACGAUGCAGAGCCUGGGCCCGCACAAUUUCUGUCUGCCGUACCAUUAACUCCUGAUUCUUUGGAGAUUCGCUGGACCGCCACAUUACCGAGUCGUACAAGAAAGCCACCACGAUAUGAAUUGCGUUACUGGGAGGCUGAUUCUAUGGCAAAACGCGAACAGAAGCGUCCGUCAGAUAUUAAAAACUUCGCCAACCAUGGGAUGAACCUGCGAGCUCAUAACUCCAAUAGAAUUGAUGGUAAUGAGACGCUUUUCUCCAGGAACUUCGAGGAGUUAGCUGACAACAACUAUACCGCAAUAAUCUCCGAUCUUAAACCAAGCACCAUUUACAAGGUGGAGGUUGUAGCUGUGAAUGUGGAAAAGCCGGAAAUGAGGAGUGCGGGCACCUUCGUUUCCAGCCGAACUUUUGAUGCACCGUCAGAUCUCACCGCUCGAAAUAUCGGAAAUCGAACAAUCGAACUUACAUGGUCAUCGUCGAAAAAAGUAAAGGACAGGGCCGGACAGGAGAGCUUCAGGCUCGAAUACUCCCUUGAAGGACGGAAUUGGCGGCCGCUUGCAGAGAAUCGAUCGAGUACCUUGAUUAAGCCCGAUUUCGAGCAUUCGCUUAAAGUUAGUGGACUGACACCAUACACAGAUUACUGGUUUCGUUUACGUAUAACUUAUCGAUCAGAGUAUGAUCGGCGUUUGAACUUCACUUGGCCAUUUCCUAGCUCCGUUACGAAUGAAACUGCCUCAGGUUUUAGAGUGCGUACGAAAGAGGACGUUCCCGAGUUACCAGGACAACCAAGGUUUACAGGACCUGAAACUAAUCUCACCUGGGAAAAGAGCGCCUCUAAUAGCGGUGCAAAUGUCACUUACGAACUGCAGGCAAGGCAAUUGGAUAUAAACACAACGCAGUACUGGAAAGAACUUUACAUCGGAGAUGAGAAUCACUACGAUGCGUACAAUCUGUCUUCCGAUAGUCGUUACCUUUUUCGAGUGCGAGCUAUAAACCCAAACGGUAGUACUGACUGGGUGCAAACGAAGAAGCCACUUGCAAUUCCUGCCGUAAUGGUUAUUGAAAAAAUUAGUUCAAAAUCGGUCAUAGGCAUUGUGCUGCCUAGUUUACUAAUCUUAAUACUCGGAGUUAUUAUGGCCGUGGAACGUUUUAGUCGUCGUCGGUCAGCCACGCACAAACAGCCACACGGGCUGUGUCCACCGGUAGAACUGAUCACUCUGCGGGGGCUACCCUAUACGUCUAACUUUGUACAGCAGCAUAAUGAACUCUACACAUUUUGUGAUGUGCCGCUAACCGAUGGGGAACUCGCUUCGAUUCCGACAAUUGACCGAGAGCAGAUCCGACUAAACCAGCUGCUGGGUUCUGGUGCUUUCGGAGAUGUGUACGAGGGCGUCCUCUAUGGCGAUACGGCACAGAAGAUCGCCGUCAAAAUGCUCCGCAAAGGCGCCAACGAGCUCGAAAAGGCGGAAUUUCUUAAAGAGGCCAAGCUUAUGUCCAACUUCCGUCAUCCGCACAUCCUGACACUGCUUGGCAUCUCGUUCGACUUCAAUAUGAGUUUCAUUAUUAUGGAGCUCAUGGAAGAUGGGGACCUCCUGUCCGUUCUCAGAAGCUGCCGCAACUCAUCGGUUGGCGACCCAGAGGAAUCAGUUGGACUAACCCUGGAGGAUUUAUUAAGUAUGUGUGUGGACAUUUCUAAAGGCUGCAAGUACCUUGAAGAAAUGCGUUUUGUGCACAGAGAUCUCGCAGCCCGAAACUGUCUGGUGGCCAGUGAAACAUUGGAGGACGGUCGAGUAAAGAGGGUAGUGAAAAUAGGAGAUUUCGGUCUGGCCAGGGAUGUGUAUAAGAGUGACUACUAUCGAAAAGAAGGCGAAGGUCUACUACCUGUGAGGUGGAUGGCUCCCGAAGCCCUUCUCGACGGUGUCUUCACUAAUUAUACUGAUGUGUGGGCCUUUGGAGUGCUCACAUGGGAAGUCCUCUCACUAGGACAACAGCCGUACCCAGCCAUGAGCAAUGUCGACGUCCUGAACUAUGUUCGGGCUGGCGGAGUCUUAGCAUGUUUGCCUGGUUGCCCAGUCGAGUUAUAUGCACUAAUGUGUCGCUGUUGGAGCUACACGCCUGAAGAACGACCCAAAUUCUACCAUUUGCUAGCCGAGUUGGAGAAACUGCAAACACGAGUGCAGUCACUCACGCUGCCAGCGGCUGGUACGUUGGGAGGCAGUUCAAGUGCCUUCCAUAAUGGAACUGCCCCUCCAACUCAGUACAACUAUAUAAUUCCCCCAACAACGGCGGCAGCUGAGCAUUAUCAACAACAUCAACUCGAAGAACAUAACCAGGCACACUACAACAAAGGCCACCGACUAGGUGCCGAAACGUAUCGGCGGUUGACAUCUGUACCGCUUCUGGGUCUCGGCCCAAACGGUCGCUCCAAAAGAAUAGGCGUCGACAACCUUGCGUAUGAACCUUCAUCAACGUCAUCUCUUCCCUCGUCGUCAUGCUUCUGCCGUCCGCCAAGCAAUUCGCUCCCGAUUGCCUCGACGAAUCCGUGCUCUUUACGAUUAUUAAGCUGUCAAGGGCCUUUGGAAACAGCAUUGGCAUCGUGGGCAGCAACCAGCUCGCUCCAAGCAUCAAUGACUUCCCACGGAGACCCAUUUUAUUCAUUGAAGCCUUGUUCAAUAGCAGGAUGGUCGCAGAGAUACUCCAAAGAGCGAUCGCUGAACUCGAUGGGUCAGCCGACCCCAGGAAGUCUCAGUGAUUCAUUGCUAAAUUUUGAGGUGAGAACAUCAACUCUGAAUACGACAAUCUCAACAGAUUCUCUUCGCGGCUGCACGGGGUCUUUGGAAAUUCAAAGUUCAUCCGAAGCGGAAACCGAGCAGCUUCCCUUGGAACCUACACUAGCUAGCAAUAACGAUCUGGCCGAGAUCGGUCGAGCUGUCCUGCCAGGCGAGCUGGGGAUGCAAGCUUCAUACGAAAAGUCGGAUGUAUUGCAGAGCAAUGUCGAUUUCCAAGUAACUGAUAGCAAUAAUAAACUAACGGUACUUCAAUGGAUGUUGGAAGACGAGACUGAAGGAUCAGCCUGCUCCGAUCUCAGUGCAAUAACAGCAGAGGAUCAACAAGACGACGGAGUGACCCUCAGGCGCGACAAGCCUCGUCCCCAUUCUAUGGAACUAUUGGGCUCCGUAUCUUCGGGUUCAUAUGAUGUUACUUCAAGCGCGUCAACUCACCAAAAGAUGAACGCCAAGACGCUGACACUUCAACGAGCGUCCUUUGCGAACUUGCCCGAUGACGAGAUAGCGGGUAAGAUGAUUGGCCGUAAUCUAAAUGAGCUCACAGCUGAUGCCCAAAGUGAUGCAAGACUCUAUCUCACUCUUUUGCCGCCAAGCACAAGCGACGGAAGCGCUGCGAACGUUACCACUGGCACCGCGUCAGAAGUAUCUUCGAAAACUCAACUACAGCAUCUCACGGAACGCAAUCUACCACCACACGCCAACUCGUCUUCGUCUGAGACGGCCACUAACAGGACUCAUGACAAUAAUAACCAUAAUAGAACCGGCAACAAAAGCGAUACUAUGAGCAGUGCCGUUAACAAUAAAAUCAAUGGAGCUAACGAAAAGUUAACAAACAAACGUAUCAACGAAACUCGGAUUGCCGCACGCUCAGCAGAACAUCAGGUUCCGCCCUCACGCGAUCAUUCGAUGGAUCAUCCUGUCCUCAUCGUCGGAGGGGCCACCUUCAAUCGAUCUCGACCUGACAAAUCUGCCACUCUUGGCCAUAUGACAGGCCUUAACAAUCAUCGCUCUUAUUACAGUCAAUAUCCGUCUCUUAGCUGCCUCGUUGAUGUCAGCAGUGGCAGUGGACAUAUCGCAACAGGCAGGCGCGGCUGUCCCACUUCUCAAGCAACUACUUCCAACGGCGUUAGUCAGCAGAAAUCUGCCCCCCAGAAUUACACCGGCUUCACACAGACCUGUCCAGUAGCAGGACUCAUAAUGUCAUCUGCGGCUACAAAAAAUUCGUCUCGAGUUACUAAUGGUGCCGGCCACGGCAGCGCUUUGACUUCCCGCUGGGGGGCAACGAGAACAUCAGCUGCGACCCAAGUUACAACUCCAAUGUCACCCACCCGCACGCAUUUGGCCGUCGGCACCACCGUUCACAAUCAAGCCUAUAACCACGUUUCUCACCCAGCUCAACACCAGCAGAAGCAACAUCAACAUUAUAAUAACAACAAUAAGAGCAAUAAUAAUAAUCCUUCCCGAUUCGUCAGCUACAUUUCUGUUGGUAGUGGCGAAGCUAAAUUGUCCCCUUCGGAAGUAAUGCCCACUAGCCGUUCCAUUAACAGUGGCAAACCCGAUCAAAUUCGCUGUCAACUACGCCAAUUUCUAGGCGCUGCCAGUCAAAAAAUGACUCCGUUAACGCGAACGCCGGCUCAAUUGCACAAAGUGAAUUAUGAGGGGAUUCGGCCCCAUACGGAAACUAUUUCCAUCCACCAGGGGGGUGAUAGCAAUAACAAUUCUUACCGAACGGCCUCUUGGUGCUAAAUGCUCGAAGGCUUUUUUGGCGAAUUGAUGGUCUACGCAUUGCCUUAGAUGGCAAAUAGAAAGCAUUUUGAAACUAAUUUUGUGUAGCCUUUGCGAAUUAAAAUUCGUCUGUCGCUGAAAUUAAUUCAGUUCGAAUACGAUUUAAUUUUAAAACCUUGUAUGCUUGAGACUUCGCUUCACAGUUUAUUUCAUAUAUUCUAUGGGUUCAGUAAUUAGGUAGUACUAAGAAAUGAA